UAUCGAUGCCGUCGUACAGCACGUAGUGCGUGAUAAUCUCACUCCGAAGUGUACGACAAGGAUGUCCCCGCAUAAGGAGCCGCUUUCCCAUCUACAGGAUGACGAAAUGUAUUCAUUUAGUAGAUCGCUAAGAAACCAGGAAUCGUCAUACACAAGAGAUAAACGCAUUUAUUUUAGUGAGAAUGAAAAAAGGGACGAAUAUGAAUUAGGCACUUGUGCUUAUGGCAAGAAUAAUGUCAAGUUGUUGUACGUAAAUCGGAAUAAUGAGCCUUACCACGACAUUCGCGAGUACGAGAUCGAUACGCACUUACGUCUGUACGACCGGAAGGAAUUUUUUGAGGGUGACAAUCGCGACGUCGUCUCGACGGAUAGUCAAAAGAAUACGGUGUACCUGCUAGCGAAGAAGCACGGCGUUCAAUCGCCCGAAACGUUCGCGCUUCUACUUUGCUCUCACUUCCUCUAUACGUAUAAACACGUGGCACAAGUCAAUAUCAACGUCGAGGAAUAUCCGUGGACCAGGUAUCACACUAACAACCGGCCGCACAAUCACGCCUUCGUUAUGAAUCCCACUGCGACGAGAUUCUGCCAAGUCAGUCAGGUCAGAAAUGGGCCGCCACAAAUAUGCGGUGGAUUAAAAGGGCUGCGAGUGUUGAAAACCACUCAGAGCUCGUUUGUAAACUUCGUUCAGGACGAAUAUGGCACGUUGCAAGACACGCACGAUCGUAUUUUCAGUACUGUUGUAAUGGCAGCAUGGGAUUAUUCCACCGCCGAGGUAGAUUUUGAUGGUGCUUGGCAUAUGGUGAAGGAAUGCAUUCUACAGAAUUUCGCGGGUCCACCAGAUACGGGGAUUCAUUCGUUCAGUGUACAGAAUACGCUUUAUCUCACAGAAAAGUGCAUACUUGAUAAAGUCAAGCAAAUUAGUAGCAUCGAGAUGCAAAUGCCGAACAAGCAUUACAUCGAUUUGGAUUUCAGCUCGUUCACUAAACUAAGAAUAGAAGGACAAAACAAGGAAGUUUAUCUACCCUUAGAUAAGCCGUCAGGUAUUAUUUAUGGUCGAUUAAACAGAAAAGAUUCCUCGGCCAAAUUAUAGACAUGUAUGAGUGUUGAGUUAUUAAUAAAGUUUACAUUUUUUAUAAUCAGGCUGAAUUGUUCCAUCUUUCGGUAAACUUCACUGUCUUAUUCUCUUUCAUAAGAGUAAUGCUUUUAUUCUUUUGCUCUUUUGUUUAUACAAUAAAUAAAUUAUUAUCACAUAAUUUACCCGAAGCUGGAACAACCAGUCUUUAAUUUAAUUCUCAUCAAAUAAAUCAAUCAAAUAAUCAAAUAAAUUUUUAAAGAUUACUUUGGAGUGUAUAACUCGCGCCAGAUUUCGGAAUAAAAUUCUGUAAUUUUUACAUAUUUGUAAUUUCAUAUACAUAUAUUUUAUAUAAACUUCAAUUUUAUAUAAA